GGACACUGGGGACAAACACCGUCAGGCCAGCCCUGAGUGCAUUCAGCUCCAGCACAGCCUCCAACACUCACCACCACCACCAUGUCUCUGAUGAAGAAUGAGAGAGCUAUCAUCAUGUCCAUGUGGGACAAGAUGGCUCCGCAGGUUGAGGCCAUCGGCACCGAGACUCUGGAGAGGCUCUUCUGUAGCUACCCCCAGACGAAGACCUAUUUCCCGCACUUCGACCUGCACCAUGGGUCGCAACAGCUGCGUGUCCACGGCUCCAAGAUCCUGGCUGCUGUAGGCGACGCGGUUAAGAACAUCGACAACCUCUCGAGUGCUCUGACCAAGCUGAGCGAGCUGCAUGCCUACAUCCUGCGUGUGGACCCGGUCAACUUUAAGCUCCUGUCUCACUGUCUGCUGGUCACCCUGGCCUCACGCUUCCCGGCCGACUUCACCGCUGAGGUCCACGAAGCCUGGGACAAGUUCAUGUCUAUCCUGUCUUCCAUCCUGACUGAGAAGUACCGCUAAGCGCCAGCGCCACGACCCCCAAGAUGGGCUACGACCCUUCUCCUCCCCUUCACUGAACCCUCCCUCGGGUCUUUCCAGUAGCCCCCAAUAAAUGGUUGAAAAUAGAAA